AUGACUUCUGUUACCAGCACUACAGUUUCACCACUUUCCCGAGAAGAACCGGUCGCUUCGGAAUAUCCCAGAUACAUGACAGAACAUUUUUAUCACAGCAAUCUAUUUACAACUUUAUUAUUACUUACUAUAAUAUAUUUACUGAGCGGCAAUUAUUCACUCAUUUUAUGCAACGUAUUGUGCACUUUACCGCCCGGAAUUUUAACUUAUUUCCAGAUGACUAGCAAAAAUGGCAUUAUUAAGAAAUCGAUCAUAGUUUAUUGGAUUAUCUGUGGUAUAUCUUUCACUUUUGAUACGAUAAGUGCUUCAAUCAGCAAUUAUUCCUAUUUUAAAACAAUAACAUUAAUGCUUUUGUUUCAUUAUUGUAUGAUGGAAAAUGUUGAAAACAAGUCAGUUCCCUUCGGGAAUGUUAGAAAUCUGAGUCAUUUGAAACGAACUGCAAAGGAAUGGGUCUCGAACAAGCAGUCACAACAUGGACGAACAUCUGAAAAUAUUACUUCUGAUUUAGUAGGACAUAGUGACACUACGCUUGGCACUCUAAAGACAGUACCAAAAGAGAGUUGCACUGCUGCUACUGGUUUGAGUUUGAGUAUUACAAAAUCAAAUUCCACAAGAACAGCUGCAGCAGGACGAUCAUGUUCAUCAAGAAUUGCCAGAACCGGAAGAUUGAUGGAAGAGGAGAGAACUGAAACUGUGGAACAAAGUUUUAAUAAAAAUUAUCAAUUAACAAAUUAUAUGGGAAAUUCAAGAAAUAAUAUCGAAGGACUUGUUUCAUUUCCUGAUUCACAGAUAACAAUUCGAAACGAUAAUACUGAACCAGUAAUACUUGCAUUCACUAAUAAUUACAAAAAGUCUGUAAUAUGGGCGCUAAAAACGAAUGCUAUAAGACGUUUUGCUGCAUUUCCAACUACUGGAAUAAUUCUGCCCUCAGAAACAGUACAAAUAAAAAUUGAUUUUUUGGGGCAAAUGUCAAAAAAAAAUUUAAAUGAUCGACUCUCGUUGGAAUAUUUUGUUACUGACCGAAAAUUUAUAAGUGAUGCAACUCUGGAUGAUGAUGUUGCAUUGGUUGAUUUUAUGGGAGUUUUUCCAGUAUCUCCCGAAAGUACGGUCAUAUUCUCACUUCGUCAAUUGUGA